GAGGCCAGACCGCCGAGAUGCGUCAAGUAGCCCACUAAAACCCUUUGCGCCUCCAAGACCCCCACGGGCCACGGCCCCCCACCAUGCCGGUCCUCCGCUCCCCGUUCGCCGGGGGCGACCUCCCGGCCGGCGACGCCGACCCCGACUACCUCUACUUCCUCGAGCACAUCCGCCUCGACGGCGACUCCUACACCAUCGAGCUCCCGGCUCACGGCGACUCCCCGGCCUCGCUCCUCAAGUACGAGGCCCCGCUCGUCAGCUCCUCUGACGGCGAGUGCGUCUCCGAUCCCUCCCCGGGCCGCCUCAGCAGCAACCGCCGCGCGGCGGGGGAGAGGGAAUCGUCGGAGUCGGCGUCGUUGGAGGCGGCACCCGCGUGGUACGAUUCCCUCGAUGACGUCGACGAGGACUACCGCCUCUUCCUGCAGCACUCGAGCCUUGUGGAUGGCCAGCUGGUCCUCGAGAUCGGGGGCGUCGUCGUCCACUACGAUGAGCCCGUUGCGGCGGGGUCUCGUGGGGAGAAGGAUGCGCAGCGGGGGGAAGAGGCGGCCUUUGCUUCGCCGGGGGAAGGGGUCGGUGUUGCAGCGGGGAGCGAUGAGGUCGCCUCCGGUGCUCCGGCGACAGUUGUUCCAGAGCAGAACGCGUUCGAUUGGCGUGCCGAUCCAUCGCCACGGCGUGAGGUGAACGAUGGCGGAGAUGAGGGUCUGUCGGAUGCAAACACGCUGAAGCGCGCGUAUCGGGAGGCGAGCUCAAGCGAUGGCCGUCGUGCAGGACACCCUACUAAUUCGGGAGAAAAAGGUAUUAUAUGGCCUACACAUAUCACACGAAGGCCAGAUUCAGAUUUUAAGCGAAGGUUGAUCAAGGCUCUUACAAAGCCAGUUUCUAGGAAGGAAUAUUAUAGAUUGUUUGAGACAGUUACUAUCCGUACUCCGUUAAUGAAGCUGCGGCAAGUCCGCAAUGAAACAAAAUCAUAUCCUGCGGAAGAGAUGGGCAAAUCAUAUUUGGAGCAUUACCCCGAUCUGGCCCGCCAAAUUAUGAAAAGUGACAGUCGCAAUGGUCUAGCUCUGAUGCGUGGGUUUCUCUUCUGGUUGCAGAACAAUGUACAUGAUGAUCAGUUCAAGCCAUGGGUAGAUGAUUCUAAAGAACAGGAGGUUAUUUGUUUGGUGGACUGAGCUCACACUGACUAGGUGGCUAUAUCCUUUGUUUGCUUGAUUUGGCGCAAUGGUGAUAAUAACUCUGCGCUGCACGUGUGACAAAUUGUCCUCAGCGGAGAAUGUAAGGAUUCCAAUAUGGGAUGGAAACCUCGAUCCUGGAAAUACCAGGUCCUGGUCUCCUGGAAUACAGUUCAGCUGUUGAAUGAAUAAAUGGUUCCUCAUUGAAAUAAUAUGUAAACACUCUAUCUUAUGUCAUUACGUGAUUACGAUCCCUGUAGAGUUUUCCCCAGACUGGACUUAAGACUCUGUCAAUCUGAUGAGUUGUUGCACU